AUGGAGUCAAGAAUGGAUCAGUAUGAGCUUAUGGAGCAGAUCGGCCGCGGAGCUUUCGGAGCUGCCAUUCUCGUCCACCACAAGGCCGAGAAGAAGAAGUAUGUGUUGAAGAAGAUCCGCCUUGCAAGACAAACCGAAAGGUGCCGGCGAUCCGCUCAUCAAGAGAUGGCUCUUAUUGCCCGAAUUCAACACCCAUACAUUGUCGAAUUUAAGGAAGCCUGGGUUGAGAAGGGUUGCUAUGUUUGCAUUGUCACUGGGUACUGUGAAGGUGGAGACAUGGCUGAGUUGAUGAAGAAGUCCAAUGGGGCUUAUUUUCCCGAGGAGAAACUCUGCAGGUGGUUCACACAGCUACUAUUGGCAGUUGAAUACCUGCAUUCAAAUUAUGUUCUACAUCGUGACCUAAAAUGUUCUAACAUCUUUCUUACCAAGGAUCAGGAUGUUCGUCUUGGGGAUUUUGGUCUUGCGAAAACUUUGAAGGCGGAUGACUUGGCUUCUUCGGUGGUUGGGACCCCCAAUUACAUGUGCCCUGAACUGCUUGCAGAUAUUCCUUAUGGCUUCAAGUCUGAUAUUUGGUCUCUAGGGUGCUGCAUAUAUGAGAUGGCUGCUCAUCGACCAGCAUUUAAAGCUUUUGAUAUGGCAGGAUUGAUAAGCAAGAUUAAUCGUUCCUCUAUAGGUCCUUUGCCGCCUUGCUAUUCCCCAUCCUUGAAAACACUAAUCAAAGGCAUGCUGAGAAAGAACCCUGAGCAUCGGCCAAGUGCAUCUGAGGUUUUGAAGCACCCUUAUUUGCUGCCUUAUGUUGAACAGUAUCGCCCAUCCUUUAGCACUCGAACAGCCUUCUCUCCCGAUAAGCCUAUAUCUAGAGCUCGUGAAUCUCGAAGAAACAUGGCAGAAAGCCAAAACAGUAAUGGUUCAAGCAGUGAUAAAGACAGUUUGCGUUCAAUUGAGAAAAACAUUCCAGAAAUGGUGUCAAACUGUGAUAAUAAAGCUACUGAGACAGAUUUUGUUUCUCUUGAGGAUGAAGAUGUCUCUGAGCAGCUCCUGCCUAUUGAAGAACAUGGCCCAAAUGUUUGUUCUGUUAAAGUGGAACAACAGUUGAUGAAGCCUUCUCAUUCUGAAUCCAAUGUUGAAUUCAGGCAACCAAAAACCAUUAGGAAUAUAAUGCUGGCUUUGAAAGAAGGAAAAGUUAGGGAAAAUAGUUCACCAAUGAGAAGUAAUCGUACAAAGGUUGGUGUGUCCACCCAGAGAACUAACACAGAAGCAGUGUCUAAAAUACCCAGGCUGAGUGAUGUUUCUCCUGGUAUCAAGUCCAGUCCUGAUACAUCCACUGUUGCAUCAUCAAUGGCAAUCCCUGAUUCUGCAAAACGGACACAGGGAUCCCAUCCUUUAAAGCAUCCGUUACCCAUAGUUGACUCCUCACCAAAACCUAAACCCAGAAAUGAUGGUACUCCUCCCCCUGUUCCUAUAAAACAAUUUUUUGAUGAUGGAAUUCCUAAGCCUAGGCAAAGGACCCCUCCUACGCUGGCUAGACGUUCAACAUUUCCUGGACGGAUGAAGCAAGUGGGGGUUGAUGUUCCAAAUGCAGUGAGCUAUGCUCCGAGGAUAAGUGCUAGAGAGAUAACACAGGAGCCUGAAAAGAAUCCUCCUCAAGUGCCUAACGGUUGCCUAACAAACUUUCCUAGAGAGGUCACAGAAGAGCCUCAAAGAUAUCAAGAGACAAUUUCGAAAGGAAUGCAGACGGAUAGCAGCAAUUCUAUCUCCUCUUCUGUUUCAAUUCAAGGAUUUGAGAUUUGUGAUGAUGCAACGACUCCUUUUAUUGACAUGACCGAGCAGAUGCUUCCUGAUUAUGGGAGUGUCACACACACUGAGAGUACAGAAUCUCCACCAAGUUGUUCAGCUGCUACUCAUUUUCAUUCAGUGAUGUCUGAGACUGCAAAAAACCAUAAGCAUGAUAAUAAAUCAGAAUGCUUAAUUGAAACCUCUGAGGCUAUUCUAGAUCUUCACAGUACAACAGCUGGUGACGAACAAGUGAAUUUAACUGCCGCUCUUGAUCUCCCUGUCCCGGUUUCUGAAGAAAGAUUUAUUUGCAAUGAUCAUACCCCUGUAAAUAGGCCCAGUAGUACGCCUGGUACAGUGUUGCAGUCAAAAUAUACAUCUACAUCAAGUGGUCAUGACAAGUUCACUGUAAGGGAACUUCUAUCCCCGGUUGCAGACACUGCCCUUUCUUUGGACCAAAAAAAAGACACUACCCUUUCUGUUCCCCCUCCCAUUUCGUCAAGCCAAAAUUUAUUUCAGCCAGAUAGAGGAACCAGCUUGCAAACUCCGUCAGGUGAAAAGGCAGCCGCUGCUAAUCUUCCUCCCGCUUUUGAUGAUGUCAUACAUGUAAUACGGCAUAGUAGUUUCCGUGUCGGGAGUGAUCAGCCAGUAAUGGAAUCUGUGGAGAUGGGGGUUCAGAAUGUGGAUGUUGGGAAGCUGAUAAAUGUAGUAAGGGACGAAUUGGAGAUGCGAAAUGUGACUGUUCCUAUUGCUCCUAAAUCCUCAAACUGCUCUGAAACAGUAAGCCCGAAAUCCAAUAAUUCUGAUCACUCGGAUGCCAAAGAAACUGAGAUGAGGAACCUUGUACCGUCAGCUCAAAAAUCUGAUUCCUCUGAGCCAACAAAGCCCAGUCCUCCUAUGACCGAAGAGGAAAUACCAGAAAAGGAAAUAAUGGAUGUCAAGUCUUUUAGGCAGAGAGCAGAGGCACUAGAAGGACUACUAGAACUAUCUGCAGAUUUGCUGCAGCACAACAGAUUGGAGGAACUCUCAGUUGUUUUGAAGCCUUUUGGGAAAGAUAAAGUCUCCCCAAGGGAGACAGCUAUCUGGUUAGCAAAGAGUCUUAAAGGAUUGAGGAUCGAGGAAGGCGGGCGGAGUUCGUGA